ACGGCGCGACCGUCCGCAGUCGAGCUGUUCUACGGGCGGCGCGAGACCUCGUCGAGCAGCGCCGCUCCGGUUGGCACCGCGCGACCGUCCGCAGUCGAGCUGUUCUACGGGCGGCGCGGGACCUCCUCGAGCAGCGCCGCUCCAGUUGGCACCGCGCGACCGUCCGCAGUCGAGCUGUUCUACGGCCCACCUCCAUCUGAAGCCGCGCUCGCAGCGACCGCCCACCUAUUGCCCACAGCGUCGUCGUCUAGGCAGCAGAGGUACGCGCCGCAGACCUGACCGCAGCCGCCGCAACGCUAUGCAGGGGACGAGACCUGGAGCUCGCACUCGGGGGCGCCAGAGCCACCGAUUCACCAAGACUCUAGGCUGGAGAAGAUCCGAUCGGAGUCGCUCCGUUCCCCGAUGACGCUUGAGCAGCUGCUGAUGUCCCGCUCGGCGUUGGUGGUCCAACUGCUCGAGCAGGUUGACGAGGAGAUACGCCGCAGGGUGCUCGGCUGGUUCGUGCACCGCGCGCACGAGAUCAUGGGGAACAGGCAGGGGCAUGCGGAGUUCGCCACGCUGCUGCGCAUCUGCCGCUGGCGGCAUGAGGAGCUCCGCAGCAUCGUGGAGGCCGCCAUCACGCCCAACCUCGUCUCAAGGUCCAACGACGGGGUGACUUCUCUGAAGAUGCUCAUUGCCGAGGUGGCGCGGCACUGGGACCUGUCCGAGCGGCUCGUCGGCAGCUUCGUGAAUGAGCGCGUGAUGGACGAGCCCGGAGGGAACGAACUGAUUGCUCACUGUUUCACCACGAUGCCUUACGAGGCGACCAAGGCUCUGAUCCGGCACGCCCUGGACACCAUCAAUGACAAGCUGGAGUCAGAGUUCGGGUCGAGGUGCCUGGCAGUAUGCUUCAGGAACGCGCGAGCUGACGAGCUCAAGGACUUCGAGAAGGUCGUCUGUGAAGACGCCAUAGCAAUGGCCAUGGGCCAAUACAGCAACUACUUCAUGCAGGGCGUCCUGGAGCAUGGGGACAUAGGUGUACAGUACGCCGUCGUGGAUCAGCUCAUGACGGAAGUCGCCAGUCUGUGCUGCCACCGGUACGGGCACUACGUCCUGCAGUCUUGCAUCCUGAAGACCGGCGAUUACCGGGGCGAGCUGCUGCGGCGUCUGAUCCAGGAGCUUGAACGGCUGGGCGAUACACAGCUCGCCGGGCUGGUGAAGAACCGCUUCGGCAGUCGCGUCCUCAGCCGCCUGCUCGACACGGCCGAAACUCCUCGCUUCAGGAACGAGCGCUGGGGUUGGGAGCUGGCCCAGAGGAUCCGGCGCGCAUCGGCGGCCCACCUGGGGCCUGACCUGGAGAAGACUAACGCAAAGCGGGUGAUGAAGUCCGUAGACCGGAUGGGGCUGUAGCUUUCGUUUCUGUGUUUUUGCAUUGUUUUCCAUCUGACGGAAGCUAUCCGGGGAUGGCUAGUUCGGUUCUAGAUGUGGACAUGGUGUCGAAUGUCGAGUACGAGCCUGAUUUGGAAUGCUGAUGUAAA